AUGUGUUCAGAAGAAGCUAUGGAGGCUGGAGGGUUGUGCUGCUCCAGACAAAGGCAAGUCCUAUUUCUCUUUCUGUUUUGGAGGGUAUCCUUGGCAGGAUCUGUGUUUGGACGAUAUUCAGUGACAGAGGAAACAGAGAGAGGAUCGUUUGUGGUCAAUCUGGCAAAGGAUCUGGGGCUAGGGGAUUGGGAGCUGGUUGCAAGGGGAGCCCGGGUGGUCUUUGAUGAUAACAAACAGCAUUUGCUCCUGGACUCUCAUACUGGAGAUUUGUUCACAAAUGAGAUACUGGAUCGGGAGAAGCUGUGUGGCUCCACGGAACCCUGUAUGCUGUAUUUCCAAAUUUUAAUGGAUAACCCCUUUCAGAUUUACCGGGCUGAGCUGAGGGUCAGGGAUAUAAAUGAUCACUCACCAAUGUUUCAGAACAAAGAGACAGACUUAAAAAUAUUAGAAAAUACAGCUGAAGGGACAACAUUUCGACUAGAAAGAGCACAGGAUUCAGAUGGAGGACUUAACGGUAUCCAAAACUACACCAUCAGUCCCAACUCUUUUUUCCAUAUUAAAAUUGGUGACAGUGAUGAAGGCAUGAUAUAUCCGGAGCUAGUGUUGGACAAGGCGCUGGACAGGGAGAAGCAGCAAGAGCUCAGUUUAACACUCACAGCACUUGAUGGCGGGUCUCCACCCAGGUCUGGGACCUCCACUAUACGCAUUGUGAUUGUGGAUGUCAAUGACAAUGCCCCACAGUUUCCUCAGGCAAUCUACCAGGCCCAGGCUCCAGAGAACAGCCCCGUGGGUUCCAUUAUUGCUACAGUCUCUGCAUCAGAUGCAGACUCUGGGAUCUAUGCAGAGAUAGCCUACUCAUUUUUUGAUGCUUCUGAAGAUAUUCACUCAACCUUUCAAAUCAAUCCCGUUUCUGGGGAAAUCGUUCUCAGAGUGUUGCUUGAUUAUGAGCUAGUAAAAUCUUACAAAAUAAAUAUACAGGCAGUCGACGGUGGCGGCCUUUCUGCAAGGUGUACGGUUUUGGUUGAGGUAUUAGACACCAAUGACAAUCCCCCUGAGCUGAUCAUGUCAUCACUUUCCAACCAUGUUCCUGAGAACUCUCCUGAAAUAAUAUUGGCCGUUUUUAAGAUUAAAGACAGAGACUCUGGAGAAAAUGGGAAAAUGAUUUGCUACAUUCAAGAUAACCUGCCAUUCCUUCUGAAACCCUCUGUGGAGAAUUUUUACAUUCUAAUGACAGAAGGAGCUCUGGACAGAGAAAGCCAAGCAGAGUACAAUAUCACCAUCACUGUCACCGACAUGGGCACCCCCAGGCUGAAAACCCAGCACAACAUCACCCUGCUGGUCUCCGACGUCAAUGACAACGCCCCCGCCUUCACCCAGCCCUCCUACAGCCUGUCCCUCCGCGAGAACAACAGCCCCGCCCUGCACAUCGGCAGCGUCAGCGCCACAGACAGGGACGCGGGCGCCAACGCCCAGCUCACCUACUCGCUGCUGCCGCCCCGGGACCCGCGCCUGCCCCUGGCCUCGCUGGUGGCCAUCAACGCCGACACCGGCCAGCUGUUCGCGCUGCGGGCGCUGGACUUCGAGGCGCUGCGUGCGUUCGAGUUCGGCGUGGGCGCCACGGACCGCGGGGCGCCCGCGCUGAGCAGCCAGGCGCUGGUGCGCGUGCAGGUGCUGGACGCCAACGACAACGCGCCCUCCGUGCUGUACCCGCCGCACAACGGCUCCGCGCCCUGCACCGAGCUGGUGCCCAGGGCGGCCGAGCCGGGCUACCUGGUGAGCAAGGUGGUGGCGGUGGACGCCGACUCGGGCCAGAACGCCUGGCUGUCGUUCCAGCUGCUCAGGGCCACGGAGCCCGGGCUGUUCGGCGUGUGGGCGCACAAUGGCGAGGUGCGCACGGCGCGGCCGCUGGGCGAGCGCGACGCGGCCAGGCACAGGCUCGUGGUGCUGGUCAGGGACCAUGGCGAGCCCGCGCUGUCCGCCAGCGUCACGCUGCACGUGCUGCUGGUGGACGGCUUCUCGCAGCCCUACCUGCCGCUGCCCGAGGCGGCGGCCGAGCAGGCGCGGGCGGAUCCGCUGACCGUGUACCUGGUGGUGGCGCUGGCGGCGGUGUCGUCGCUGUUCCUGUUCUCGGUGCUGGCAUUGGUGGCGGUGCGGCUGUGCAGGCGGAGCAGGGCGGCCUGGGCGGGUGGCUGCUCGGUGCCUGAGGGCCACCUUGCUGGCCACCUGGUGGACGUGAGCGGUACUGGGACCCUGUCCCAGAGCUACCAGUAUGAGGUGUGUCUGAUGGGAGGCUCAGGGACCAGCGAAUUCAAGUUUUUGAAGCCAAUUCUUCCCAAUAUUCAGGAACAGGUCCUUGAGAGGAAUAGUGAAGAAAACCCCACCAUACAAAAUAGCUUUGGAUUUAAUUUUUAG